GAUCAGAGGGAUGGAGUGAAGAAGGGGCUAGAAUUAGGGAGCCUCUGCUUGGAAAGAACCCUUUAGCCCAGGCGCAUGACACCCCCUCCUCUUCCACCACUUCAGUCUCUCAUCUUCAUUCCUGAACCAUCCCCUUCCCCACACCCCCAUUCCCUCAUCCAACCCAUAGCCCCACAUCGCAUACCCUCUCCCUUUCCCCUACUGCACCCCUCCCUGCCUGCUAGCCCCCUUUCUUCCCCUUCAACUCGCCUCUGUUCUCCCCUUCAGCCACAUUUUCCACACGGGCCUGCCCGCCCUCAUUUUCUGGCCCAGAGGUGAGGGCAGGGCUGAGGGGAGGGGGGUGUCCUGGAGACCGCCCUUGCUGGUCACCCCGGCGAUCCGCGACCCCGCCCCCAGCCUCUGAACUGUGGUUGGGGUAGAGGAGCGAGCGAGAGCGGGCCGGGGCGGAGCGAGGCACCUGGAGGGACAGCUCUGCCAGUGCGCGCUCGGCCUCUGCCGCCCACCCGACCAUGUCCUGGGCUCUGCUCCUGGGCCUCCUGGCUGCGCUGCUGCUGCUGCUGUUGCUCACUCGCCGGCGCUCGCGGCGCCCAAAGGAAGGUACCCUGGGACCAAGUUAACUUCAAAAGCAAGGAUUCUUUAUCCAUAUCUGCUGAUUGAGAGCCUCAGAUUCUCCAUGGUGGGCCCUCAGACAAGUCGUGCUGUACCUCAGUUUCCUUUGCAGUAAAAUGGACUUGAUGGCGACCUGGUGAGCCUCCCCUGGAUGUGGGCAGUAUCCCUUGGCUGGGUUAUGCCUUGGAGUUUGGAAAAGAUGCUGCCAGCUUCCUCACUAGGAUGAAGAAGAAGCAUGGUGAUAUCUUUACUGUGCUGGUGGGAGGCAGGUAUGUUACUGUCAUUUUGGACCCACACUCCUAUGAUGCGGUGGUGUGGGAGCCUCGCACCAAGCUGGACUUCCAUUCCUAUGCUGUCUUCCUCAUGGAGAGGAUUUUCAAUGUUCAACUUCCACAUUACAACCCUAAUGAUGAAAAGGCCAAGAUGAAACCAACCCUCCUCCACAGAGACCUCCAGGCUCUCACAGAAGCCAUGUAUACCAACCUGUGCACUGUGCUGCUGGGUGACACCACAGAGAUGGGCAGUGGCUGGCAUGAGAUGGGUCUCUUCGACUUCUCCUACAGCUUCCUGCUCAGAGCUGGCUUCCUGACUCUGUAUGGAGUGGAGGCACUGCCACGCACCCCUCAGAGCCAGGCUCAGGACCGCAGCCACUCAGCUGAUGUUUUCCAUACCUUCCGCCAACUCGACCUGCUGCUCCCCAAACUGGCACGUGGCUCCCUGUCCGCGGGGGACAAGGACCUCAUGUGCAGGGUCAAAAGCCGCCUGUGGAAGCUGCUGGCCCCGGCCAGACUGGCCUCCCGGGCGCACAGGAGCAGCUGGCUGGAGAGCUACCUGCUGCACCUGGAGGAGAUAGGCGUGUCGGAGGAGAUGCGGGCACGGGCGUUGGUGCUGCAGCUCUGGGCCACACAGGGGAACAUGGGUCCUGCUGCCUUCUGGCUCCUGCUCUUCCUCCUCAAGAAUCCUGAGGCCCUGGCCGCAGUCCGCACAGAGCUCGAGCACUCACUCUCACAAGAGGAACAGCCUGUUUUGCAGAUGACCACCCUCCCACAGAGAGUUUUGGACAACUUGCCUGUGCUCGACAGUGUGCUGAAUGAGAGCCUCAGGCUUACAGCGGCCCCCUUCAUCACCCGAGAGGUCAUGGUGGACCUGGCCCUGCCCAUGGCAGAUGGGCGGGAAUUCGCCCUCCGACGAGGUGACCGCCUCCUCCUCUUUCCCUUUCUGAGUCCCCAGAGGGACCCAGAAAUCUACACAGACCCAGAGGUAUUUAGAUACAACCGAUUCCUGAACCCAGAUGGAUCAGAGAAGAAAGACUUUUACAAGGAUGGAAAGAGACUGAAGAAUUACAGCAUGCCAUGGGGAGCAGGGCACAAUCAAUGCCUGGGAAGGGGUUAUGCCAUCAACAGCAUCAAACAAUUUGUGGUCCUCGUGCUGACUCACUUUGACUUGGAACUUAUCAGCCCAGAUGUGGUGGUUCCUGAGUUUGACCUCAGCAGAUACGGCUUCGGUUUGAUGCAGCCAGAACACGAUGUGCCCAUCCGUUACCGCCUCCGACUCUGAGCACCAGGGCCCCUGGACUACACAUGCUGACUCCAGCCAGCCUGCUGCCCAAGUGCCUAGUGUUCUGAGUCCACAUCUGGCAUGGAUGCAGAGCUCUGACUUCCCAAUGGUGCCAGUAUCACCACUUUCUUGCAUAUUAUUUUUUCUUAAGAAGGCUAUAACCAGGGUAGGGGAAAGAAAGGAAUUUGGGAGAAGGUAAAUAAAAACAAAGUGAACAAACACCAAAAACUCUAAUGAUUACUUGCCACAAAGCUUUAGUUUCAAAAUGCUCCCAGCUUACCUCAGUCCUUACUCCUGAUGGCACCCACAGAAACUGGGGCAGACAGGGUAGGAGUCCCAGAAAGGUCACCUGAAAAGUCCUAACCAGUCAGAGCAGAUACAA